AUGGCUGAAACACAUAUUCCCGAAACUAACACUCCAGAAAGUUCGAUCCAGAAAGGAAUCUCUUCAUCCAUCACCCCUGUUAUCCAUGUCCAAUCCGAAAAUUCUGGUUUUACUGCUGGAGUUGUCCUUACCGAAACAAAUUAUGACGUAUGGUCUCAAGUUUUGGAGAUGCAGAUUGCUAGACGUGAGAAGCUCGACUACAUUAUGGGAAAGGCACCAGUCCCAGAACCUACUGAUCCUAACUAUAGCAAGUGGUAUGUUGAGAAUCAAAAAGUUAAGGGCUGGUUACUUGCAUCUAUGUCACCUGAAAUUAUGAAACGUUACCUUCGCUUGCGAACAGCGCGGGAAAUCUGGACUGCCCUUGCCAAAGUCUUCUAUGAUGGCUCGGAUGAAUCUCAAAAUUUUUCCUUGAACCAGCGUGCCUUCUCUACUAAACAGAAAUCUAUUAAAAGGCUUCGUGUCCAUAUUUUCCUGAACGGAUUAGAUGCUAAAUUUGAGUCACUUCGUGGCGAAAUACUCCGCAAGGACCCUGCUCUUGAUUUAGAAGAAACUUAUGCCUGUGUUCAUCAUGCGGCUGCACAUCGCCAGACCAUUCUUGGUGAAACUGUCUUCUCUGAACCCUUUGCCAUGUGGGAUCCUACCAAAGCUCUUCGUAGGCAGAAUUCUAAAUCACAUGCAGCUGUAGCUAAGUCCAAUUCCCAUGUGUCUGCUGCUGCACCUGAACUUGCCAAAGCCACCUCCUUGGUUGUUGCUACAGGUAAUGCUGGUAAGGUCUUUAAUACCUCUACUACUAGUGGUAAUAAUACAUGGAUAAUUGAUUUGGGUGCAACGGAUCACAUGACCUUUGAUAUUAGUGGCCUUCAAUCUCUUAAACCCUCGACCCAACCUAUCGUGGCCACCACUAAUGGUGCCUCCGCCCCUGUAAUUGGCGAAAGCUCCAUCAUUUUAACUCCCAAUUUGAAUUUACACUAUGUUUUAGUUGUUCCCUCUCUUAAACAUAACUUGUUGUCUGUUGCUCAAAUAACUACUGCUUUAAAUUGUAUUGUGAUUUUUGGUCAUCAUCUCUGUGUUUUCAAGGAUAUCCAGACUCAGAAGACAAUUGGUUAUGGUACUAGGAAAGGAAAGCUCUACUACCUGGAUUUAAUACCACAAAGCUCGAAUCUGCUAUUUGUAAACUUGAAUGUUUCGGAUUUUAAGUGUGAUAUUUGUGAGUUGGCUAAAAGCCAUCGUGUUUCAUUUCCACGAAGCAUGAAUAAAAGUCCAGCUCCUUUUAUGGUAAUUCAUUCUGAUGUAUGGGGUCCCGCCAACACCACUUUUCUAAGUGGUGCCCGUUGGUUUGUUUCGUUCAUUAACGAUCAUACUCCGGAGCGCAAAAAUCGUCACCUCCUAGAAGUUGUCCGUGCUUCCUUGUUUGGAGCCCAUAUGCCAGUUCAGUAUUGGGGUAAGGCUGCUACCGCUGCUGCUUAUCUCAUUAAUCUGGUACCCUCUAGCUCUCUCCAGUUUCAAACCCCAUUUCAUGUCCUUCAUACAGCUAUACGUGCUCCAAUCGUGUCAAAUCUGUACCCUCGAAUCUUUGGUUGCGUUGCUUAUGUGCAUUUGCCCCAAUCUUUGAGAAAUAAAUUGGAACCCCGUGAUAUCCGUUGUGUCUUUAUUGGCUAUGCCUCACACCAGAAAGGGUAUCGAUGUUAUCGUCCUCCUUCUUAA